CAACCCCCAGAGUUGAGCAAGGAGAUAAAAACAUUCAGAUGGCAGAUAACAGUUUUUCAGAUGGGGUUCCUUCAGAUUCCUUGGAAGCUGCUAAAAAUGCAAGUAAUACAGAAAAGCUCGCAGACCAGGUGAUGCAGAAUCCUCAAGUUUUGGCAGCUUUACAGGAACGACUUGACAGUGUCUCCCACACUCCUUCAAGCUACAUCGAGACUUUACCCAAAGCAGUAAAAAGAAGAAUCAAUGCACUGAAACAACUUCAGGUGAAAUGUGCUCAUAUAGAAGCCAAGUUCUAUGAAGAAGUUCAUGACUUGGAAAGAAAGUAUGCAGCAUUAUACCAGCCUCUCUUUGACAAGAGAAGGGAGUUCAUCACUGGGGACGCUGAGCCGACAGAUGCAGAAUCCGAAUGGCACAGUGAAAACGAAGAGGAGGACAAAUUGGCCGGAGACAUAAAAAAUAAAGCAGUCAUAACGGAAAAAGAAGCAGCAGCAGCAGAAGAGCCAAACCCAAAAGGAAUUCCAGAGUUCUGGUUUACCAUCUUCAGAAAUGUAGAUAUGCUAAGUGAAUUAGUUCAGGAAUAUGAUGAGCCAAUCUUGAAACACCUGCAGGAUAUCAAAGUGAAAUUUUCAGACCCUGGGCAGCCUAUGUCUUUUGUAUUAGAGUUCCACUUUGAACCCAACGACUACUUUACCAAUUCAGUCCUGACAAAAACAUACAAGAUGAAGUCAGAGCCAGAUAAGGCCGAUCCCUUUUCCUUUGAAGGUCCUGAAAUAGUUGACUGUGACGGGUGUACCAUUGACUGGAAGAAAGGAAAAAAUGUAACAGUCAAAACCAUCAAGAAAAAGCAGAAACAUAAGGGCCGAGGCACCGUCAGAACAAUCACCAAACAAGUCCCCAACGAUUCCUUUUUCAACUUCUUCAAUCCGCUGAAAGCAUCAGGGGAUGGAGAAUCACUGGAUGAAGACUCCGAAUUCACGUUAGCUUCCGACUUUGAAAUUGGACACUUCUUCCGUGAGCGGAUCGUGCCGCGCGCUGUGCUCUACUUCACAGGGGAGGCCAUAGAGGACGACGACAACUUUGAAGAAGGUGAGGAAGGAGAGGAGGAGGAAUUAGAAGGUGACGAGGAGGGAGAAGAUGAGGACGAUGCUGAAAUUAACCCCAAGGUAAGGUGGAAUCCCAUUCGUCCCUAACUUCCGAACUCCUGGUCUGUGCUCUGUAACGGUGCCGUGUCGUCGUGACUCGGUGGCGCGUGCGGCGUGCUCAGCACCUGCUGGCCUGGACGAGGGCUUUCUGAAGAGCAGCGUUUCUGUGCGGGUGUCUGUCGUGUGUGCUUUUAAAACCACAUCUGGCUCCUACUUGCUGAGCCCAGUGUUUGUCGCUGACCGAGUAGCAGAGAUGUAACUGGUGUGAAAGCUUUGUUGACAGUGGGGCUGCCGCACCCUCCCCCCGGGAAGAGGACAGAGCAAGAGGGCCCUGGGACCAGGAUGCACAGGUCCCCCAGCCAUGCUGGCCUCAGCAGGACGAGGUCUGCUGCCUGCUGUGAUUCUUCUCGACGUGUGUCUGUUGAUUGUUCAUACUUUUUAAAUUCAGGUGCUGUGCAGACCAAUGGGUAAUAAAGGGGUAACUUUAAUGCGCCAGGAUCUUCCGCCUCAGAAGCUGCUGGCGCCAGCGUCACAUCAGCGUUCGUAACUGCUGUCGAGGUUGCUGCGCAGUGUGCUGCACGAAUAAGAAAAGGACCCGUUGUAGAUCCAAGCGAGCGUUGCAAGUCCCUGGAGCCGCCCUGUCCCCCUCUGGGGGUCAUGGGUCCUCGUAGCUCUGCCCCAGUCAUGAAGUCCCUCUCCCGUACGACACCGUCGGCUUUUGUGGGGCAAGGGAGGAAGGUGCGAACAGGAGAGCCUGUGAGAAGCCAGGGCGGUGGUGUUAGCAUCUAGGAGAGAGCAGGGGCUGCCUGCGCUGAGCUAAGCAGGCCAGCGGUGUGGGAGCGGCUCCUGGGAGAGCAGAGCUGUCUCCGCACCGCAGAGCCGUGGUCUGGGGGUCUGUCAGCCCCAUGCCUUCGAGGGUCCGUCUGCAUCGCCCUCCUGUCUUACUCGGGCGGGCUGGCUUUCUUAGAAGACUAACGGGCAGGUGGGCAGACUUGGGCUAAAGGAAGCAUUUUAAUUAGAUGAAGUGAAUGUACACCUGGAAUCUUCUCUGUCUUAAAGGGUCAGAUGUGAUCAUUUAAAAUUGUAUCUGCUUAUUGUCUGAUUCCUCCUGCCCUGUGUGUCUGAAGGACGUGUCAGCCAGGCUGGUUCGGCCUGAAGCCCCGCCGCUCCCCACCCUGCCAGUGACUGCGACGCGUCCGUAAACGGUCCAGCCUGUACCUCUGGGCGAGGAGGACUCUUCUGUGGCAGAACCACGGCCAUGCCGUCUCGCCUGUCGUCAGGUGCCCCGUGGAGGGGGUCGUGUCCUGGGCUGUUGGGCAGGCGCUCGGGCCUCGGGCCCCCAGCCCUGAGGCCGUGGUGGGGGCGUGUGCUUGCUGCCGGCAGUGAAAGCCCUUCUUUUCAGCGCCCGCCCGCCCCAGGCAGGGUGUUGACUGUUAGUUUGUGCCUUUGAAGCACUGACUCCCGUCCCUUGACUUCCGACAGCUUCGUGCUGUGAGGCGGAGGGCGCUCGGGUUGAGUGCAGUGUUGCUCUGCCCUCUGUCACAGGCCAGUACCGUGGUGUCCCGGCGAUGAAGCUCACACGCAUGGCUCCAGGCUUGUGCGCUGGUGCCGCAGCCCGGGAGUCGUGUGUGUGUGUGUGUGUGUGCGCGCGCGUGUGGACGCUGGCCCAGGGCUGGGCUGAACGUGGCCCUCGGGAGGCGGGGUGCUGGUGGCAGCCCAGCCCUCUGCUGCCUGGCAAGCCCCACCUUCUGCCUCUUGUCUAAACACAAGGUCCCCACCCAGCUCUCACCCUCGCGACAGCCCUGGUCUUGGUUUUGGCGAGGACCCUUCCCUCUAGCGGUCUUCAGCACCCGAGGAAGGAGUUCGUCGUAGACAGACAGACGAUGGCUUCUCCUGGUUAAAGAUAGAUGUGAUGUCACUGAGACAGCACAUUGUAAACUGUGCCGCUCUGUAUUCACGGCGUCCUGUAUGUCCCGCGUGUGUAUUUACCCAGAAGGAUGUAGAGCAGCAAGUCGGCCACCCUGUGCCGCCCGCCCGCCCCGCCCACUAUACCACAGCCACGACACCGUCCCACUCCCUCCGCUUCAGCUUCUCUCACCUCCUUCCUUUCUGCAGCUCCAGUUAUGGAAACCCACACACUUCUCCCCCUGUCCACAAAAGGCUGCACGCCACUGCCCCGGCCCCUGCCAGUGCUGUCCCAGUCGUGGGGCACCUCCCCAGCGAGUCUGGGGCCGGCGUCUGAUCCCCCGGCCACAGUCUGGGCCGCCUCCAGGUCUCCCCUUGAGAUGACAGAGUUUGAGUUAGGUCUCUUUCAACUAGGAUUUCUGGUCGGGGUAUUUGUUUUGGUGCCCAGGCUCUUUCUUCGGCAGUGUUUGCAGUGAGUGUGUGAUGGGCCGGUGCCGUUAGCCCAGUGCUGGGCAGUGCUGGGCAGUUCUGGGCAGUGCUGGGCAGUGCUGGGCCGAGACCCAGGCCAGACCUGGAAGUCCCAGCUUGUCCCUGUGCUAUUACACCUACAACCAAGGAGCUUAGCCCAGGGCCCCAGAUGAUUGUUUUGUCUUUAUGCACCCUUUGCACAUCUUUUUCAUCCCUUAGAUGUGGUUUCCCAAGGAAUGCACUGUAGCCCAGCUUAUUCCAUGCAAGGUGUCAGUUGUGUCAUCCCAGAUGGUUCUUCUGAAAUGUGUGGUGCGGGUUUUUCUUAAGACUCCGUAGACGUGCCAAGUUGUAUUCAGAGUAAUCUGUCAUCUUCACAGCCAAGAUCAUAGGUUAUUGACGAGUAAAUCCAUUUGCUCAGAAGUCCUAGUGAAAUCGUUACCUGUCUCUCAGGCUGUGCUGGCCUCCACACGGAAUUCAUGGGUUGCUAAAUGGGUUUCAGUGGUGUGAGACACAGCCGUCAGAUCAUGCUGAAGUGAGUCUGCCCCUCGUCUCGCUCGUGCCUGCUCCGAAAGGAUGGAAUUCCCAACUGGGGGCUCCUGGGAGGAUUGGGGCUGGGCUGUGGAGUUCCUAGUGGCCUCUCGUCCUUUGUCAGGGCGCCACGGGCCAGUGCAGGAGAGGCUUUGCUUCAGGGCCCGGCCUGGGGGCCGGUCUGCUCCAGGCAGCGCCGGGAGCCUUGUUCGCCUUGGGGAUGGAAGGGAGCCGGCGCUGCUCCCCGCGUGCUCACCCCAGAGCUGAGGCACCUGCCAGCUUUGGGGCGGGGGCACUGCUGUGCGUUUAAUUACUGUCUGCCACCCGAGGACCUCCCUCACCCCGAGACCCUCCUGCUGAGAAUUAGAAUGUCUUUAUACAGAAAGAGGCAGCCCCGCUGUGACCUUGUUUCUGGGAAGUUAGCUGCUUAUUUGUUACUAUUUUUAAAGUAUAUUUGUAGUGGCCAUGUUUUCAGUAAGAACGAGUGAACUACUUGAGUCUUUGUUUUCGUUGUUGGUUGGAGAUGCCUGGUUGAUGGAAUUGCUCGGUUCUCUACAAGUCUUGUU